CACACGGCCGCUUUCAAAUCUCUCCUCUCUCUUUUCUCUCUCUUUCUCUCGCUCACUCUCUCUCCCUCCUUGCCCCCUCCUCCCCCUCCUCCUCCUCUUCCACCACCUCCUCCUCCUCCCUCCCCUUCCUACCUGAUUCAGAUCCGCUCCGACGCUAUGCGUAUGACCGCGUCUCUCUCUGCAAGGCGAGCACCACCGGAGAGCCCCGCACGCUGCUGCCGCUGCUGCUGCUGACCGCGAGGAGCACCUAAACGCCGGCUGCCGAGCGACCCAGGCCGGGCAACAGGAGCGGGAGACGCCGCCGCUGAUUCACCUACGGCGGGGGAGCAGGAGGACGAAAUUCACGCGCGAAGAGUUGGCCCUGGUUAGAGAGAUCGGCAAGAGGACGAGUGUGGCGUCCCGGAGCCUGCUGUCCCAUUCGUCAUCCUCUCCUCUCUUCCUCUACUCCGCCAAGCUCUCACCUCGCCAAACUCAUCUCUUCCAUCUCUUCUUCGCUGCUUUUAUUCCUCCUCUGCAACUGGCAAACUUUCCAUCCAGUUCUUUCACACUUGCGUCCUCUCUCUCUCUCUGUUAUUUUAUUCUCAUCCUCCAUCUAUUCUCCUCUCUGUCACUUUCUUUGACUGCAAGCUCAUCAUGGCCUCCAAACUGAACCCCAACGUCUUGUACGUGGCGGAGCAUGGCGAGCCACUGGGGUCACCCCAGGCGGACUCUGAAAGGACCCACAUUGCUGGAGAAGCUGGAGAGGAGUCAUCAGACAGCGACGGUGAGCAAGAAGAGACGUCACACAAGUUGAUCCGCAAAGUGUCGACCUCGGGACAGAUAAGGGCCAAGAAAAGUGUGAAGGAGGGAAUCCUGUUAAAGCAAACCAGUUCUUUCCAGAGAUGGAAGAGGAGGUACUUCAAACUCAGAGGGAGGACCCUCUACUAUGCCAAAGACUGCAAGUCUCUGAUUUUUGAUGAAGUAGACCUAUCAGACGCCAGUGUGGCGGAGACCAGCACCAAGAACAUCAACAACAGCUUCACGGUGAUCACGCCAUUUCGCAAACUAAUGUUGUGUGCAGAGAGCAGGAAGGAAAUGGAGGACUGGAUCGGCGCUCUCAAAUCCGUCCAAAAAUGGGAAACCUAUGAGGCCAGCCAGUUCAACAUGGAGCACUUCUCCGGGAUGCACAACUGGUACGCCUGCUCGCACGCUAGACCGACCUUCUGCAACGUCUGCAGGGAGGCUCUGCCAGGCGUCACCUCCCACGGCCUGUCCUGCGAAGUUUGUAAGUUCAAGGCUCAUAAGCGCUGUGCAGUUCGCUCCACCAACAACUGCAAAUGGACCACACUGGCCUCCAUAGGAAAUGACAUCAUUGAGGAUGAGGAGGGGGUGUCCAUGCCCCACCAGUGGCUGGAAGGCAACCUCCCGGUCAGUGCCAAAUGUGUGGUGUGUGACAAGAACUGUGGCAGCGUGCGACGGCUGCAGGACUGGCGCUGCCUGUGGUGCAAAGCCAUCGUCCACAACAGCUGUAAAGAACAAAUGGGGAAGGUGUGUCCCUUGGGUCAGUAUCGAGUGUCAAUCAUCCCUCCCACUGCACUUAACAGCAUCGACUCAGAUGGUUUCUGGAAGGCCACCUCAGCAUCGUGCUCCAGCCCUCUUCUGGUCCUGGUCAACUCCAAGAGUGGAGACAACCAGGGGGUGAAGUUCCUCCGCAAGUUCAAGCAGCUCCUGAACCCGGCUCAAGUCUUUGACCUGAUGAACGGAGGACCAGAGCUCGGCCUGCGCCUUUUCCAGAAGUUUGUGACGUUUCGUAUCCUGGUAUGCGGAGGAGACGGCAGCGUGGGCUGGGUGCUCUCAGAGCUGGAUAAACUCAACCUCCAUAAACAGUGCCAGCUCGGCGUGCUGCCUCUGGGCACAGGUAACGACCUGGCUCGUGUCCUGGGCUGGGGAGGCCUCUGUGAUGACGACGCUCAGCUGCUGCAGAUUCUGGAGAAGCUGGAGAGAGCCACAACCAAAAUGCUGGACCGAUGGAGUGUGAUGACGUACGAAGUGCCGGCCAACACUAAACGCACACCCAUAGUGAAAGAAGACGACAGCCUCGAUUCUCCUCUGCAGGUCCACAUCACUCAGUAUGCAGACUCCGUGGCCUCCCAUCUCGCCAAGAUCCUGGACUCGGACAAACACAGCGACGUCAUUUCCUCUGCCAAGUUUCUGUGUGGGACGGUGAAUGAUUUCGUGGCAGAGGUGGGGAAGGCGUACGAGAGAGCCACAGAGAACAAGGAGGAGGCAGAUGCCAUGGCAAAGAAGUGUGCACUGCUGAACGAGAAGCUCGACUCCCUCGUCAAGGCCUUAAGUGAGGAAGCUGAAGCUCAGGUGGUGCCGGCAGGAUCAGUGCCUAGCCAAGAGAGCGGCGGCUCGAGCCCCGUCGAAAGUGGCGGCGAGUCGGGUUCAGAGGGUAAAACGUACCGGUCUAAGGAGCAGCUGAUGCUCAGGGCCAACAGCCUGAAGAAAGCCCUGAGGCAGAUCAUCGAACAGGCAGAGAAAGUGGUGGACGAGCAGAACCGACACACGCAGGUCCAGAGGAUGUCGUCCUCGUCCUCCAUCAAAAGAGAGAACAGCGAGGAGCUGAAAGAUGCUGAGCCACGUCAAGGAAGCUUAAGUCCCACCUCCCCCAUUGUCCUUGAGAAACCUGAGAGCCUCCACACUGUGACCUUCAGUGAGGACACUGUACAAUGCUCAGAGAAGUGUGUGAUGAACAACUACUUCGGCAUCGGCCUGGACGCCAAGAUUUCCCUCGAGUUCAAUAACAAGAGAGAUGAGCAUCCUAAGAAAUGCAGUAGUCGCACCAAGAACAUGAUGUGGUACGGGGUGCUGGGGACUAAAGAGUUGGUCCAGAAGACGUACAAGAAUCUGGAGCAGAGAGUUCAGCUGGAGUGUGACGGUGUUCCCAUGUCUCUGCCGAGUCUGCAGGGCUUGGCUGUGCUCAACAUCCCCAGCUAUGCAGGCGGUAUCAACUUCUGGGGUGGAACAAAGGAGGAUAAUAACUUUGGCGCUCCGUCAUUUGACGAUAAGAAGCUGGAGGUGGUGGCGGUGUUUGGCAGCAUGCAGAUGGCCAUGUCCAGAGUCAUCAACCUGCAGCACCACCGCAUUGCACAGUGCCGCCAGGUGAAGAUCACCAUCCUCGGGGAGGAGGGGGUCCCUGUGCAGGUGGAUGGAGAAGCCUGGAUCCAGCCGCCUGGCAUCGUCAAGAUCGUCCACAAGAACCGAGCACAGAUGCUCACCAGAGACAGGGCGUUCGAGAGCACGCUGAAGUCAUGGGAGGACAAGAUGAAGAUUGACAGCUACCGUGCCAGCAGACCCCGGCUUAACUCCCAGCAGUCCAUGGAGUACCUGACGGAGGAGGAGUGCGCUCAGGUUCAGCAGCUCGGCAUUGUGGCUGACACACUCAUCAACAAGAUCCGCGAAGCAGCCAAGACCCACAAGCUGGUGGAGCAAGAGCUGGCUCACGCUGUCAACGCCACCGCCCUGGUGCUCACAGAGGCCAAACUGUCCAGCCCCGAGUGUCUGAGUCGCAGCACGGCGGUGGAAAUCGUCAACAGCAGUAAAGUUCUCCAGGCUGAGACCAGGAUGCUGCUUGAUGGAAAACUACUGUCGGAGUCCCCAGAGGAAGAGGAGCUUCGGUUGACCCUGAACAGUCUCAGUGCCGAGCUCCACAAGCUGGACGACAUCCACUGGAUCUGUCCGCUCAUGCAGUGCUCCGAGGAGGAUUCGGUGAGAGGCAGCAGUAAGAGCGGCAGCAGCAGUAUGAAGCUGAAGAUCAUACCAAAGGUGAAGAAGGAAAGAGAGAAGCUCCACAAGCAGAAAUCCAACAGCUCUCUCUCGGGAAAUUGGGAUAUCAAAGGUGGGGCUGGUGAGGCAGAUUCUUCGGGCAAUUGAAGUCCUGCAUGAGGUGCUUUAUUAUUGCCCCCACGUUGCCCUGACAACCAGGGGUGAGGAGCACCCCUCCUGUUCUCCUCCCCUCUAACGGCGAUACCCAGAGGCCUGACAGAGGUGUGAGGAAGAAAAGGAAAACCAUCUUCCCAACUUUUAUGCUAUUUCCUCCCUGCUUCUUUAACCUCUAAUUUGCAGGGAGGACUUUUUUUUCUUCUUCUUCUUUCUUUCUUUUUUUUUUUUUUGAAGGGGCCUGGCUUUGCAUUGCUUCACCACUGGCAUUCUGCUUUUGGUUCUGUUUACCUGCUUGAGUUUAGAAGUCGCCGUGGCCCACAGCGGAUCAAACAAAUGAAAAGGGAGGCAAAAGUGUUCUCGCAGAUUUUUUUUUUUUGACAAAGAAAUGUGUUUACAUGGUGCUCUCCUUGCAUGUCGAGUGCAGCCAUCUUAUUUUAUAUCUAUCAUAAGUUGAUAUUUUCCUCUCUAAUCGUUUUAUUUCCAAACUUCUGAACAGCCUUCAGGCUUUGAUUUUUCUCGCGACUUUCGAAGAGUAUUUAUUUCUUGUUGCUACUGCCAUGAGAACUCAAAACGGCAACAACAUGAACAAACUGAAACAUCUCAACCUUAUCGUCUACUGAACCGGGGAAUAUCUUAAAUGUUGCAAAAAAUGUACUGAGGAAUGUACUUGUGUGGACUUGUAUUAACCUGUGAAUAAUGUUAAAUGAUAAUUCAUAUAAGGUUUCACAAAGGUACUACUGUUGUGGUUCUAAAGUGGUUCUUUAAUAGGCUGUUAUCUGACUCGUGUGAUUCGAGGUUUCGCAUUGCGAAGAGUCAUUUCAUCUUGGAUUUAGGCUUGUGAAAAGAUCUGACUGUGCAGUGCAUCACUCGGUUAUUAUUAGGGUCUAAAAUGGGACUCAUGUGGGAGCAAAAUAACUCAACCCACUGGUUUGAGGAACCAUUUUGAGGUACAGAACCAGAUGAAAUGACUCUAUUUUUUAUUUUUUGGCAGUGUAUGGUAAAGGUGUUUACAGAAGGAGGAAGCAUCAAGGACACAUUAACAAAACAUUACAGCUACUCAGUGUAUUACUCCUACUUUGCCAUACUCCUGAUUGUAUAUGUAAUAGAAUAAGUCAGUGGAUAUUUGAUUUUGCCUUGUCUGUGGUUAAAAGCUAUUAUUAUUAUUAUCAUUAUUAUUACAAAUAUAUUAUCUAUUUUUUUGUAUAUCUUAUUUUCCCAAUGGUAAUCUGUGAAGCUGUCCUGGCUUUGCUGCUUCCCCCUUUGACAAACUCCUCGGCCACUGUGCAUAUAAUCGAAGCCAACUAAUGCAGUUCUGUGUGUCCCUGCAUGCAUACUUAGCCUUCCUUCGCCUCACAGUGUUGGGAUGAAGUUGCCUCAAAUCAGUGAGUUUUAGCUUGUUUGUUCCGUCUGGCAGCAUUGCUGAAUAUUUUUUUGUUUUAACCUGCUUGAAUGCACCAGAUGGUUUGAGUUUUACCACAAGAAAACACUCACUUAGCAAAAAAAUAUCAAAAAUUUUACUGUGUUGGUCAAACUUUAAGAGUGUAUUGCUUUGCACCUACAGCGCUCUGCAAGCAGGUUAAAACAAACACCAAGAUUUCAUGUAUCUGCUUAUUAUUUAAACUCGCCACAGCCAAAGCAAGUAAGUUAGUGAGAGUUGGCUGCUGUUCCGAAAUAUUGAUGUGUACGAGUUCAAGAGGCAACUUCUACCCAGAUUUUACGGUAAUGCUCUGGAAAACGAUGGUCCAUUAUCUUGGGAAAUUUGCUUAUAUGUUAGAACACGAAAAACAAGAAGGUACGUUAUUUUUUUAAAAAAAUGUAUCUCUGUACACUCAGAAAAAAAACCUAAAAAGAUGGACUUUCUGCUUCAAAAGUAAAGUAGUCCUAUACCUUUUGAGAAUUUUACUGUUAUCGCAAGAAUCGCAAAAAUCUCUGUACACUUACUAUACAGAUAGAAAGAGAAAGUUGACCAGCUUAGCUUAGCAAACAAAAAAAAAACCCAAAAAGAAUUGGACAUUAAUAUACCUUUCUUAUAUACGUUUCUUAUUUCUGUGCACUCAGAGAAAGAGAGAGCUCUCAGCUCUGCUUAGCUUGGACAAUAAAACCUGAAAAAGUGCGCAUUCUCUGUCAAAAGUAAAAAAGGCUUUUUGGGAAAUUUUCUGUUUUCUGAAGAUAAAUAAUUGAAAGAAUUGUACAUUCUUGGUUAACAGUAAAAAAUAUGCAGGAAUGAAUGCAUCCCCGCAUCCAACUCUGUAUCCAGCUCUUUUUAUACAUCAUGAAGCUUACUUUGCACUGAAUGUACAGAGAUGAAUUUCCCGUCGUUCUUUCUUGUAAGACGGGCAACAAUUUGAAUUUCUUUAAACAUCAGAGUAUUACUUUAAAGACUUUAAUUGACAAGGUGAAAUAAAGAAGUAUUGUGCACUCGUCAGGAUUGAAAAAGAGUGAAAUACUGGAUACAAAAGUCCCAUCGGUGGAGUUAACUGUAUCACAUAAAGGUUCAAUGAGGAAUUACAGAAAUUUGUCUUUUCGUGAUGCACAGUUAGUUGUGAUGCAGCUCUACCAUUCUCGAAACUAUAAAGAAAAGCUCACGUUUGAUCACGUCAACCAAAGUCACAUUUUUCAAGCCUUAACUUGAAUAUUAUCUCCACAAACAAGGCUGUAAAGGAUCAUUUCUGUGAUUUUCCCGUUCACUUUAAACAGUUAGUUUUCGAUUUUCUCAAAACACAUUUAUCAAACUAACCCAAACUAACUCUUGAUAGCGCAGAGUAACUGUGAGGCGUUGUAGAUGUUCAGCUCUGGUAGGAUUGUGCUACUGUAUCCAUAGUGUGCCAGCUAUACGCUCUACACCUUAGAGGCUUUAGUGGUGUCGUGCCAAGUUUGUACUUGAGUUCAGUGGGUUAUGAGACAUACAAGGUGUGCGUGCGAGAGUGCGUGAGCUUCAGAUGCGAAAGUUGCUGUAUGUCGUACAUUUCAAAGUUUACUGUAUCUUGCCUUGCACUUUACAAAGAAGCAAACUUAAUGGGGGAAAAAAAAGACAUUUGUGUGCAUGUGUGCGCGUGUGUUUAAGAUUUCGAGUGUUUACGAGUGUUUUUUUUUUUUAUUAAUUUGAUGACAAGAAUCUUUUAUUUAUGAUAAAUGUGUACGGACAAAAGUGUGUUGAUAAAAUGUAAUAUAUCUAACCAAACAUAAAAGAAUGAUAAAUAUAUAAAGAUGUAUACACAAAUGUUUAUUACAUCAGUGGUUGUACAAUUACUCCCACAGCAGCUUGAGAUCUCCCAUUUAACGCCAAUGUUAUUACAUGUGAUUAUGUGUAAUUUCACUGCCACAGCGAUGUCAUUGAAGUGUCUCUCCAAUGUUACACCGAUUGCUAUUGAAAUGGUAUUCUAAAUAUUUUACUGAUAUUAAGGUUAUUCAAACUUUAAGCCAAAGUCAAAGGAGUUCUCCGGUAUUGUUACAGACUACUGAUGAAUUGUUUACACAUAAACAAGAUGUCAUAUUCAGCCUAUGUUUAGCCAAAAUUUAGGUGAUUUUUUGUGUGUGUGUAAUUUUGAAAUUUUCAAAAUUUUAAUUUUGAAAUUGCUAACAUCUACUGAGGAAGUCUACCUUAUAGUUAAAUUAGCAUUUGCUGAAAAUGAACUCAAAGAUGUGUUCAUUUUGGGUAACACACAUUUGUGGAAGCCAAAUUUUUUUUUAAGAUAAGAAAAUUAGUUGCCUUUGUUUAAUGGUCUGUUAUCCAAGGAUUUUAUUUUGAUGGCAUCUUUUUUUUGUGAGUGUCAUUUUUUUUCACACAGCGAAAAUGUCACUUUUGACUGAAACUCUUCCAAAGAGUUACACGGAGCUGGGAAACUGAAAUGAACUCACGGACUGCAAACACCUCACCAUGUUUGUGCAACAGUAUUCCAUAGACAACAUUUGUGAACGCACCCCCUGAUCUGAACAGCCUAUAUAUUGAUAUAUUGAGACUGUGUGCGCAAUGCUGGAAGCCAGACUAGAUGUUGCACGACCUUGUACGUUGCGAGGUGUUUUAUUGUGUUAUUGUGUGCAGUGUGUAACAAAGACAAAGUCAGCGCAACCCUUUGGAGAUUAAAUGAAUUAUUGAAGUGUGAA